GAUUUCUUCAAAAAUGAUUCACUGAGGUAUGACUGAGGUGCGAAGUUGAAAUUUCAAGGUGUAAAGAUUAUUGAAAAGUCAUUGAAUGACACAAUAUUCAUAAGAACAAUGAAAUUAUUGUUACUCCUAAGCCUAAUUCUAAAGACAACAGCAAUAUGGCUUCCAGAAUACAAAGUGAACUUAAAACAAGAAGAAGAAUUUGUUAUCUCGGAAACGCUUGAAAAAUCUGACGUGCAGGAUAUCUAUGAUGAAGAAGAAGCCAUUCGACAAGAAGAUUUAAAAACCUUAAAACUAUAUGAAAAUGAUAAAAGAUAUUUUGGGCUUCACAGGAUGGCAAAUUUGAGAAAUGCUGGCUUGAAACGUAAAGAAGAGAAUUUGUAUUUCAAACGUGUCGAUGAAUUUAAUCCAGAUAUGGAGGAAAGUCGUCCAUGGAUUGGUGGAUUUGUUGAUAAAUAUAAUAAUAUAAUGAAGAAUGAAGACACGUUAUACUUUGAUGAUGAAGCCAAAAAUGAAAAAAUAAUAAAACGCGAAGCCGAAAAUGACCCCGAUGAUUACAACUAUGCAAACCUCAAGGCCCAAUAUGACGACUCUGUAAAAAAAGCCAAACAGAAAAAUGACACAGCCAAAUACAAAGAAGUCAAAGAAGAGGAAUCUGCAGCAGAGGCUGUUAAGACUCUGGUGGAUUUCAAAGCAAAAAAUUGCACUGAAGAAGAAAAAUCUGGUUUGGGAGUUAAGGCAAUCAAGUGCUUUUGGUUGGAAUCAAAGAAGAAGCACAUGAAUAAAGACCAGAAAUUUUUCAUGCUAAAAAAAGUUAUUUUAAUCAUGAUUAUAUGGAUAUUGAUUUAUGCUUGCAUAGCAAUACCUUUAUGGUGUCAAUAUGGUGAGGAACUCAAAUUAAACAGAAAAUCUUGUUCGAUUUAUCCAAGUAUUUAUCUCUCCAGCCACUGAUUUGGUUCUUAUUAGUUAGAUUCAAUACUUUAAAAUGCCUUAUCUUUAAACAAUAGCUUACAUAAUCUUAGUUCAGUAUAAGCAGCAUUUUGUUACACAAGAGGUUUUUUUAGUACUUAAACUGCUUAAUCUAAUAUGAGAUCUUACUAGUAUGAGAUACAUA